AUGCAUUUCUCAAAGACAUAUUCGCAGCUGUUGCUCACAUUACCACCAGAGUUACGUGAUAACGCUAUACAGUAUCGCCAACUCAAGAAACUCAUCAACCAACUAGUCCAAGAGCUCUCUUCUCUUGGUCUUAGUCCAACCGUGCUUCAAGAAUUGCUAGAACAACAGAAUCAUGCGAGUUUGACCGCCAAGGUCGAGGAAAUACGAAUAGGCGCCAUUCCUGACGGUGAUGAGCACCACCAACAACAACACGCCACCGUGAUCUAUGAAUUUACAGGAACGUCAGCUCAUCUUGAACCUCGUCUCCGACUGUCAGUCAAGCAUCCGACAAAUACUGAGAAGGCUGUAUCUGGUCACACGACCACCCCGGACACCAUCCUCGAGGCUCUUCAGCUUCAUUCAACAGCUCUGGAAAACAGCACGGCCUUUGUGAAUAUCUCCUAUUCAUUCACCAACACCCAUGAUCUUAUCAUACCAUUACGAUCCGAUACUGCGUUCUUUCAGCUAUUGACCACCGCACUCGCAUCGCUUUCUGCCCACCUCAACACCGUGCAUGGUAGUUUCACAUCCACGCUGCAAAGUCUGGCGCACACUGUCAGUGCCACGGCACGCCCCGCCUCCUCAUCAACACCUCGUUCUUUUUCGACCUAUUCAAUGACCGUCAACAAUGCUGCCACGUUACGACCCAGCUCUGCCAGCCGAAAGUCGGAUUUAUAUUCAUGGAGGGAGAUAUUCCAGAUGUAUCUCGAAGGUGAGAUCUUCGAGAGUGUUGGGGAGAGAAAUCGUGGGGAACGCAGUAUCGAAGAAACUGAAACCAGGAUGAAACGGUUCGAAGAACGCACGCGGGAGAAGAGAAGUAACCUCAAGAUGUCCAGAAGCAAGGAUGCGCUAGAUAUUUUCAUACAGAUGAACUUUUUCAUCUUGGAUUUGAAGAGGUUCCAAUUCGCAAAUGCGGAGGCCACCCGUAAGAUUCUGAAGAAGCAUACGAAGCGGACCGCAUUACCACUUCCUUCUUAUCUCCUUUCACUCUGGAACGGACCAUUACCAGAGUCUCUACCGCCAGCAGAGUUGGCCUUGUUACCUCAGCCUCCCGUAUCUUUACCUCGACUCCUGGUGCAAGCUAUCGGCGAAAUUUUGCUUCCGGUGGUACCUCAUGUCGACGAUUAUUCGUGUCUCAUUUGUACUAGUCUCGCGUUCAAGCCGAUCAGACUUGGUUGUGGUCAUUUAUUCUGUGUAAGAUGUUUGGUAAAGCUUCAAAAGCUUGGCAAAGCGAAUUGUCCUAUAUGCAGGGCCCCGACUGUGCUAAAGGCCGACCGCACCAAUGUUGACUAUGCUCUCUUGAACUUCAUGGCUGACUGGUUUCCCCUCGAGUCGCGUGCGAAGCUGAGCGCUAACGAACGCGAGGCAGCAAAGGAGGAACUUGAGGAGCUUGGUCUUACUGGCCAAGGAUGUCGAGUGAUGUGA